AGCUCUGGUAGAAGAAUCGUAUCUAUGGCAGGAGGCCUCAUAGCCUCUCCACACACCAAAACCACGUCCCACUUGAUUUUAACCUCAAUUUGCAGAACUGGGCUGCUGUCAGAAUACCCUAUACACCCCAUUCGUCUCCGUUUUUACCCUCUGCUUCGUUUACAGUUCACCUUCCGUCCUUCCAGUCGCUAUCUCUACAGUUGCACAAAAGAUCAGCAGCAUGGUCCCAUCGACUUAUCAAAGUAUAGAGAAACCUUUUCAAAAAGAAUGGCAUUGGCCGGCCUUAAACCCCAUCACCGUCUUGCUCUCGGUGUUUCUGGUGGUCCUGAUAGCAUGGCCCUUUGUGUAUUAGCUGCUAUGUGGAAAAGGGAGGGCCAAUGUGGCAUUGAAGUCAUUGGCAGCAGUGGAUUCAUUGAUGGUCUGAUGGCAAUUGUAGUUGAUCAUGGUCUGCGUCGUGAGAGUAAAGAAGAGGCUAACCUUGUCUGCAGUCGAGUUACGAAAAUGGGAAUAAGAUGUGAGAUCGCUCUUUGUGAAUGGUCCGAGGGUAGGCCUAAGCAGGGUCACUUGCAAGAAGCUGCUCGUGAGAAGAGGUAUCAAAUUCUGCAAGAAGUUUGCAUUCGGCACCAGAUUGGUGUGUUAAUGAUUGCACAUCAUGCAGAUGAUCAGGCAGAAUUAUUCAUUCUCAGAUUAUCACGUGGCAGCGGAGUGCUGGGACUUUCUGGCAUGGCAUCCGUGUCACAGCUAUUCCCAAAGUUCCCAGACUAUUCUAGAGAAGCUUUAAAUUGGCAUGGACUUUUAUUGGUGCGACCACUACUAGAGUUCUCAAAAGAAGAUAUGUUCCAGAUAUGUAAAGGUGGUAAUCAAGAAUGGGUGGAAGAUCCCACAAAUCAAAGUCCCGUAUUUGCUCGUAAUAGGAUUCGGAUGUCUCUGAAUAACUUAUCGUCCUCUAUCUUCAAGGCUGAGUUACAAGCAAUUAUUUCUGCCUGUCGAGAAAUGCGGCUACAUGUUGACAAAAUUUGUUCCAAUUUGAUAAAUCAGGCUGUGACUAUCAUGCCUGAAGGUUAUGCAGUAAUCAAUCUGAAAAUUCUAAAUGCUUCCAGUAUCAAAGACAUAUACCUGUCAAAGUUUCUUGCCUUGGUUUUGCAGUUUAUCUCACAAAGACAUCGGCCAGUCCGUGGUAGUGCAUCAAAGUUGCUAUUGGACUAUAUUCGUACUUUCCCAAGCAGGACCUGUCUUACUGCAGCUGGUUGCUAUCUUUCUCCAGUUCCUGGCUCUAAAGGCUCCAAAGUCUUGAUUUGCUGCUCUCUUAAUUCUAAUGUCCCUGUGAAGUUGGAAAUUAUACAAGCACAUGCUAAUGGAAAACAGAACUCCAUUUCAAGUGAAGUAGAGCAAAUUGUCAGGAAUGCUAAGGCUUGCUUGGACAAAUUUAUAUGUGGUGUUUCAGAUGUUAGAUUGUUUAGCUUAACAUCACCCCAUAUUGUCGAUCUAAAAUCUUCUGAAUCUGUUUUGAUUGAAGCCAAAAGGCUGGGCAUUCUUAGCAACUCUACCUAUGAUACAAUUUUUUCUCUGCAAAACCACGAAAAGCAGCACUUUAUGUCUAAAACUGAAGUCAUGUCUGAUCGUGACUUGACAAAUGGACGAAAACCAGUAGACACGAUUGCAAGCAGAAGAAUUUAUCCUGGGCAAAUUGGGUACUUCAUGAGCAGAUUUCUGAUAAAAUGGAAUCCUUGCAGGGAAAUGCCAUACAAGUUAUUUUCCUCGAGUGAGACUCACUAUGAUAAAGUGUUGGAAUUGGAAAGACAGCAGAGUUGCAGUUCUUGUCUUGUCCAUCAUGAGCAUGUCGCCGAGAUACGUUGUAUGGUUGAUUCUGAUUGGCUUUACCUUGCAAAUUUGUCAAAGAGUCAAAAUAUGGGAAAUUCUCUGGAGCAAGUACUCUCUGCUGCAGCAAUAAAGCAAGAGGCAGGCAAAAUAAAGUCAUGGUCAGACUUUGUUAAAUUAUCAGCACAGAGAGCUCUUAUGUCUUUGAAGUCUAUUCCAGUUAAUGCAAGACGAAGCCUUCCUGUUCUGGUGGAUUCGCAAGGACUAUUACUGUGCAUUCCAAAUGUUGGCUUUCGGCACUGCCCCUGCUUGGAUGUAUGUGCUAUAUUCAAGCCUAGAGGACCGGUUGGUGGAGGCCACACUUCAUUUCUCUAGUCUUUUUUCCCCCCCAAGCUUAACUGCUUUUGUUCUGUGAUAUCUAAAAAGUUCUUAUUUUAUGUGAAUAACUUCUGAUGUCAUAGAGUAGGAUGCCUACAGGAAACCCCUUUUUUCCCUCCAAACGAGUGGGCAAAAGAGGAAAAAGCCCCUAACACAAACAUAUGAACGAGAGAGAGAGGGAGAGAUGCUUAGUCUUGAACUGAGAUCUUGUACCUUACAAAUGUAUUACUAAAAGAUGCUAUUCCUCUUUGAUAGUUUAAAUUUCAACAAUUGCGGGUUUCA